AUGGCGAAUCCGGCGCUUCGACUUCCUGAGAACGUAAACGAGGACAUCCAAGAAGAUCCAACAGCACUGCGUUCAUUGUGGGAUCGUGGACUGCUGAAUGGUGCCUCACAAAAGGUCGACCAGGUGGCGGUGUUCUACACGGGUGAUCUGGUGACGUCACUACAGAAGACGUCACUGGUUCCUGGAGCGAAUGAGUGCGUAAUUUAUACGACAAUUGGUGGAGCAAUUGGAAUACUGGUGCCGUUUAUCUCGAAAGACGUGAGUAGUCACAAUAUUAUUCAUUUUUUCAAUUUUUUCAAAGAAGGGGCACAUUAG